AUGACCACCGAGUUUGUAGACAUCUGGCAUACCGAAGAGCAUGGAAGAUUACGCAUUGGCGCGACGGGAAUCUCGUGGAAAGUGCUUGAAGGAGAUAAAAGAGUCAAUGUGCCUGCCUCGGAGCUCAAAUGGGCGGAAUGGACGCGAGUUGCGCGUAACUAUCAGCUUCGCAUUGGCCUGAAAGAUACCUGGAAGCGAGAGAGCUUUGAAGGAUUCAGGAGAGAGGAUCAAGAUACUUUGACAAGCCUACUCAAACAAAACUUUGAUAUCAAUCUCGAAGUGAGAGAGCUUUCUUGGAGGGGUUGGAAUUGGGGAAGUACCGAUUUCCGAGGGCAAGACCUUGUCUUCCUUAUAGGGAACAAGCCAGCGUUCGAUAUUCCACUCCCAACGGUGGCAAAUUCCAACAUUGCCGGCAAGACGGAGGUUUCGUUGGAGUUUAUUCAGCCAGACGUUAAGCGGUCCGCCAAAAACGCGCCUGACGAGCUCAUGGAGCUACGCAUGUAUAUCCCCGGCACACAGCAAAAAGAUGACGGAGACGAAGGAGACGAACAGAGUGCUGCCCAAGUUUUCCACGAAACGAUCAAGGAAAAGGCCGAUAUUGGACAAGUGACAGGCGAGAGCAUCGUCGUAUUCCACGAAGUUCUGGUUACUACUCCCCGUGGACGCUACGACAUUCACAUGUUCCCAAAUUUCUUGCGGUUACACGGCAAGACAUACGAUUACAAAGUCCCGUACAACACCAUCUCACGCUUAUUCCUACUGCCACGAGCAGACGAACAGAAUAUCUCCUUGGUGGUCAAUCUCGAUCCACCGAUUAGACAAGGGCAAACUCGAUAUCCCUUCCUCGUCCUAGUCUUCAAUCGUGACGAGCAGAUGGCCGCAGAGUUGAAUAUUGAUGAGGAAACACUUCAGACAAAGUAUGAGGGGAGGCUGGACAAGAGCCACGACGGGCUCGCGUAUCAGAUCAUUGCGAACGUUUACCGUAGUCUGGUAGGCAAGAAUAUCGCCCGUCCAUCCUCCGCCUUCGCCCCACAGAGCCACGAUCCUGGUCACCCUAUCAAGUGCAACCUGAAAGCCGUCCAAGGAGAACUAUAUUUCUUGGAGAAGAGCAUCUUCUUCCUAUCGAAACAACCAUAUCUCAUCAACAUUUCCGACGUGUAUGAAAUUGUGCUCACUCGUAUUGGAGGUGGAUUAGCCUCUGGUAAAACGAUCGACUUGCGUAUCGAACCGAAAGGUGGCUCAGAAGUUACUUUUUCUUCCAUCGACAAGGGCGAGAAAGAUCACAUCGAGGAUUUCCUGACCAGCAAAGGAGUUCGCGUCAAGACCGAAGCAGCAGAUGAGGCCAUGGCAGUAGAUCUUGGGAGUGAUGACGAUGAGGACAUGGAAAGUGAUAGGAGUGUCGAAGAAGACGUCCCUAAACCUCGUGCUCCUGGUGGAGGCGGAGACGAUGAGGACAGCUCGGAGGAUGAGGAUUUCCAAGCAUCGACUAGUGAUGAAGGAUCACCAACGUCGUCUUCUGAUGACUCUGAAGAAGGUUCAGACGCCAGUGACUCGCCAGUGAAGAAGAAGAAGAAGAGGGACAACUCCGCAUCACCAUCACCCAAAAAGUCCAAAUCCGACGGGACAAAGCCAAAACCAAAGCCCAAGCCCAAGGUCUCUGCCGACAAGGACGAUAGUGACGGUGAAGGCCCAGCAAAGAAAAAGAAGCGCGUAGAUUGA